GUUUGACAGCUGUUAAAAAAAAUAAACCGAUUUUUCGUAUCUAUUGAGUGGCAAAGUGAAGAAGAAAAAAAAAUUCAAUCAGAAAUCAAAAGAAAAUUUUCAUUACAUUAAUUAUGAAAAUUUAUUAAUUAUAAGAAAAUUGUUAAAAGAAAAGUGAAUUUUAUAGUGAAAGAUUUGACGAGUAGCAACGAAACAAUGUCGGCCAUAGUUAUAAAAACGGAAAAGGAUGAAGAAUGUGAAGAUGUGAAACCAGUAAUAAAAGAAGGCGGUGGUAUAGUACAACAGGGAAGUGGUGGUAGUAGUGUUGCAGCAGGAGGCAACAAUGCAAGAACUAGUGGUGUGGCAGCUGGGGGACCAAAAGAAAUUGUUGAAAAAACCCAGGCGGCUUUGAAGGUGGCCAACGAAGCCAAGCAAUUAAAUAUAAGAUUAAAGGAGCCCCAAAAACUUUUACAACAACAGCCGACCACAAAUCCCUUGGGUAAAAGAAGCAGCAGUAUAGCAGCAGAGCAAUUGCAUACAGAUAACAGCAAUGAAACCACAAAUGUACCCUACAAAGUGGGCAAUAAACGUUUUCGGGUACAAACACCCGUGCGUUAUGCUAAAAAAGUAAAUACUCCUCCACCACCACCACCUGCCGCCACACAAUUGCAACCACCACCCCCAGCAGCAAGCGCUAUGACUCCCGCAAAAUGCGGUGAAAUAUUUGUAACAAACAAUGCCCGCAAAUGGACUUUUGUUUGCACCUUCUGCCAAAAGUCUACCCGUGAUAUAGGAGAAUUUGUAUGUCACAUUAAAUAUAAACACAUGCCAACCGAUUAUCAGGAAGAUGAAGACUUUGAGGAAGAUGUUAAUGAUCUAUUUGUCACUGGCCAGGAAGAUAACUACAAUAAUCAUGAACAAGAUUACUUCGAUUGUACCAACUAUUUGGAUGUUAAUGUACACACCGAGGCGGAUGAACUGCCGCCACAAAAUAAUGGUGUCAAAGCUAAAUUGCAAGCAAAACUCACACGACAAUCUACAGCAACAACUGCAGCAGCAACAAAAGACCAACACAAAAGGCAAAUGGAAAAAAGUAAAUAUAUUGUGGAUCUAUUAGAUGAUGACGAAGACCAGGAACAAGGUCGUGACACUAACGAAAAGGAUGUGCAGCAGAAAAACGAAAUGUUUGACUAUGAAAUGGAAGAAGAUGAAGACGGUGUAGAGAUUGUGGACGAUGACAAUGAUGACAUGGAACCUAUGGAAGAAGAUAAUUUAUUAUUCUUAAGAUCUAGCUCUAUAGAAGAUGCUAACGUUGAGACAGGCGUUAAGGGUAGCAGUAAAAAAUAUCGUUCCCACGUAAGGGGCAAGGCCUAUUGUAAUCUAUGCGAUAAAACUUUCCAAUACUAUUCGCUAUAUCGCAAUCAUAUGAUCAAACAUUCCAAUAUAACACCGUACAAAUGUCAGUAUUGCAGUAAAGCCUUUAAAUCCAAACAGGCCAUACGUUAUCACAUGAAUACGCAUACAAAAGAAGUACAAUACACUUGUCCACUCUGUCCCAUGACCUAUGGUACAGAAAAUCAAUUCAUAACUCAUGUGCUAAAUCAUGAAAGUGAUACUUGUUUUCCCUGUAUGGUGUGUGCGAAAAUUCUUAAAAGUGAUCAGGAGCGUGAUGAACAUUUAUCAACGCACAGCGAGGAAAGACCCUUCCCGUGUGGUUAUUGCAAUAAACGUUUUAGACAAAAGCAUCAUCUAUCGAAUCAUUUGAAAUUACACUGUCAAUAUCGUUGUGAUUUCUGUAAAGAGGAAUUCUCCUCGACCCAGACACAACGACGUCCUUAUGCCUGUGCCUCGUGUGAAGAAUAUCCCGAGAUAAGAAUACAGGUAGAGAAACAACGUUCGAAAAAUUUAAGUAAUGAGGUCAAUCCUUUAGAAUUAUCCUAUGAUAAUAUGCCUGCCAAUGAAGCGGAGGCCACCGAAUGUGUUGAUUUGGCCACGGACGAUGAGGAUGAAGAAAGCGAGAACAGCACUAGUUUGUUGGGUGGAGCUAAUGGCCAGAAACGUAUUUCUUGUCAAUAUUGUCCACGUUCUUAUAAACAAACCAGUGCUCUUAACUAUCAUAUAAGACAAAAACAUCCACAGAUUUGGGCAGAAAUGAAAUUAGCAAAAGAAAAAGGAAAUAUAGCCCGUGUAAACCAAAGAAUAAGAAAAAAAGCCAUGCCAAUAAAUUUUCAACUAUUGCCAGGAGAUAAGUAUGAUGGACGUUGUGCAGAAAUCUAUAUAACGGAAAAACAAUUCCUAAUCUAUCACUGUUCGGUGUGUGAGGAAAUCUAUACAACAUUCAAUCAACUUUUAAGCCACAUUACAAAAGAGCAUUAUGAAAAUACUCAAGAAUUUAAGACAAACGAAAAGAAGACAAGUGUUGCAACAGAAGGCAAUGAAGAAAACCAGUUACCUGUAAAAGAGGGCAACAAUUUGAUGUCUAAGACAAUGGUAUUAGAAACAGAACCUGCUAAAACUUUAAAUGAAACGGAAGAAAUUAUUCAAACACAGGAGUUAGAGGAAAAAGAGCAAUUGGCUGCCCCUUUAAACUUUAGUGUAACUUCGCCACAACGCAAGAAACCCCGCUUUGUAACGGGCAUGUUGAAAAACUCUACCGUAGCUAGAACUAAACUAAAUUCCUUGACACGUUAUCAGUUUAAUCCCUUGGAGGAACGUAAAUAUGUUUGUGGCAUUUGUGGUUUUGCUUUUAAGGAGAAAUACAAUUUGCGUGGCCAUCUGCUCAGACACUCCAAUCAAAAGAAUUUCCCCUGCUCCCUUUGUCCCAAAAAGUUUUACACCAAAGUUGAAUUGCGUUUACAUGAAUAUCGCCACAAGGGAGAACGUCCCUAUUUGUGUAAUGAUUGUGGCAUGGGCUUUGUUAGCAAUGGCUCGCUGACACAACACAUUAAAAAACAUCAUAGUAGUCUACCACAUGCCUUUAAAUGCGAGCACUGUGAUAAAACCUUUCCGAACUUCUAUCAAUUGCGCGAACAUCAAUUAGUUCAUUCGGAGGAACGUAACUUCAAAUGCUGUGAAUGUACGUUAAACUUUAAAUGCCAAAAGAAUCUAAACAGUCAUAUGAAAUUACAUGAAAAUAAGCGUAAAUAUCGUUGUGACAACUGUGUUAUGGGUUUUGCAUCUGAAGCGGCUUUAAACAUGCAUCAACGCAAGAUUCACCAAUUUAAAGAUGAAGAUGAAACUACAAUUGAGGUGGUUAUAGAAAGACAUGAGCUAGAGGAUAAAACAGAAAAUACUGAUGAUAGCCUUGCAGAAUUUAUAAUUGAAGAGGGAGUAUUGGCUGUGGAACAAAACUUUGAUGAAUAUGAACUGGUACAAACACUUACAGAUUUGGAGUGUAAUAAAAAUGCUUAAGUUAUUAAUUAAAUGAAAAAAAGCAAUUGUGAUGAAUUUGUUGAACAAAAUAAAUGAAUUUUUAUAA